AUGUUACGGCAAGCUUUGUCGCAGUCCAAUGUGACCCGGCUGGGUUUGGUGGAGCGAACGUUGUCAUCCAGCUUGACCUCCAUCACCUGCUUGGUGUUCCUCUUCAUCAAUGGGGUGAUGAUGUUUACCUUGAGAAGUAAACCUGUGUUUCGGGAGACGUCUCGCUACAUCCUGCUGUUUCACCUCCUCCUGGCAGACACGAUACAGAUGGCCAUCAGCCAGGUGUUGUACCUCCUACACAUAUGUCGGAUCAUCAUAACUUAUCCCGUUUGCGGCGUACUCACCAUGCUGGUCCUCCUGACCAGUGAUAUUUCUCCUAUGGUGCUGGUGGUGAUGUCGCUGGAGAGAUAUGUGGCCGUGUGCCAUGCUCUUAGACAUGCCUCCAUCGUAACCAUCAAAAAAACAAUGGUGGUUGUGCUUGCUGUUUGGAUGUUUUCUUCCCUAAAUAUUCUCACCAGAGUGCUUUUGCUGUUAAAGUUUCCUUUUGAUGAGAUGGAGAGUCUACAAAUGCCUAAACUGUGUGACAGCACCAGCCUUAUUCUCAUGCCUGUGUCCGAUCAUUACAAUACCGCCUACACAGGUUUUCUGUUCACCUUGGCCGCCUUGGCCAUUGUUUGCAGCUACAUCGGUGUGACAAUGGCAGCAAGGUUGGUGUUAAGGAGUAAAGGAGACAAGGAGUCAGCCCGUAAAGCUCAGAGGACGCUACUACUGCACCUGGUCCAGCUGGGCCUCACCCUCAUGUCAUUUAUCCACGCCACUGUCAUGAUAGUUUUGUACAGGUUUACCUCCAGAAUUGUCUUUUUACGAACUCAGGCAUUUCUGUUUGUGUGUUUUUUCUUCAUGCCCAGAUGUAUGGGUUCUCUCAUUUAUGGGCUGAGAGAUCAGACAAUCAGAGUUGUUCUCAUGUACUAUAUCUGCCGUACACUGAAAAUGACAGUCACUCCUGUCAAAGCUGAGCUUGUGACCUGA